GGUUUUGGUUGGCGUCUCUGUUGUGUUGAGCCCACAGCCAUGAGUCCUCGUUCACUAGUUAUCCGUGUCAUCAUAUCAAUCUUCGGUUAAUCUAAUUUUUUUUAUCUACAAUAUAUUACAAGGGAAGGACGAGAAGGGGAAGGAAUUAUGCACAGCUGAUCCCAGGCCUGUAGAGAGAAGCACACGCUGUAGUUGCUUAUACAAUAGUCAUCAUGGCAAGCGCAUUGUUCCUGAGGGCAGCUUGUGUCAUGUUGUUCAUCACUGCAUGUGUGUCUGGUUGCGACAGAGCACUCUAUGAGAGAAUCAUCGACGACUUCUGCCUGGCUAAGUUCAAGUCAGACAUGGGCGCAGUGGACCAACGUCUGUGGUGCAGCUGGCCGGACACCACACAUAUCUACGAGGGGCUGACUAACUGCACCUACCAAGUGGCACUGAGGAUGGACUGCUUCUGGCCCGGUCACACAGUCGAUCACUUCUUUGUGAGGAUCCACCGUAAUUACUUUCAUGACUGCCAGCUGACCGGCCGGCUCAUCCACGACCCGGCGCCCAGUGUCCUUGCUCCAUUCGUUGGUGUGCCGAUAUUGGUCACCUUGCUUGUGACAGCCCUGGUGGUGUGGAGAAGUAAACAUACAGAGGGCAUUCUAUAGGGACAACCUUAAUUUCUGGACAGUUUCUGGACCCUUUAUUUCUCCACCGGGUGGUACAGUAGAGUGUGCCACAGUACGGUUUAGAAUUUAUUCUGGUGAGGUGUAUCAGCUACAUACUCUAAGUGGUGUGCUAACAUAGCAACUCACCACAGUCUAAGAAUUACCGUACCUUUUUUUUCUUGUCUUAUUACCAUUCCAUUGAUUCUGUGUGCAUGUGUGUAGCUCUGUCCUUAGAGGCAAUUCACCACUGCACCAAUGAAAUACAACUCUAGACAAUGGAAACUGGAAAAAAAAUGUGUUGUCAAACAAACUGUCCUCCUUGGUUGACUCAAGACUUUAACUAAACAACAAGUGUGUGCUAUUUUGCAGGCUGUCAACUGGUGCAUUCUCAUGCUCAUCAAAUGUAGAAAGCAGUACCGUGAGUGAUGGUUCCAAAGUAAUUUUACACACAAUAAAAGCAAGAAAAAU